CUAAUCUGAUUAUUGAAAGCAUGAUUUUUAAUUAAAAGCGCGUGAUAAUGACACUCGCUGCAUAAUUAUCUUUAAAUGGCUGAAAUAUAUGUACGAACAAACAUUACAAUGCGAAGAUAAUAGAAUCUGCAAUUAUUUACAUAGAACGAGACUUUAUAUAUUAUUAACCGCCAAGGUUUCACUUUGCAUAAAGUAAUAAUGUUCAUCCAAUCCAUUAUCUAGUUUUGUUAUUUUGUACUACGAUAAAAGGAUAAAAAGGGUCAAUUUUUGAAUUGGAUUUGUUAUUAUUAUUAAAUCUUUUUAAUAUUUCCUAACUAAUUAUACCUUUCAUUUCUUUGCUGAACUGAAAGCAAACAAAACAUGUCCACCAAAAGAAAAUCAAUGGUUCAUCAAAGAAAUUUUCGUGAUGACAAGUUACGUCUCGAGGCUUUAACACAUAAGUCUUAUCAUUAUGAAAACCCUUCAACCGGACCCCAUAACGAACGUUUAGAAUUUUUGGGUGAUUCCAUCGUCUCCUUUGUUGUAGCUAAUUAUUUACAUGGUCGGUUUCCUAAUUUCAAAGAGGGUCAACUUACCUUAUUACGAGCUAAUUUGGUCUGUAAAAAAAAAUUGGCACAAUUUGCCCUUCAACUUGGUUUAGAUAAAGAUAUUCGUUUAGGGGUUGGAGCUUUACGUGAUGGUGGUAGAGGUAGUGAAAAAGUUCUAGAGGAUGCUUUCGAAGCAUAUAUUGGAGCUGUAUUUCUUGAUGCAGGUUCUAGUAUGUCUGAAGUACAAAAAUUUAUGGAACCUUUAUUAGCUCCAGCCGUUGAUGAAUUAACCCAUUGUUCUCCUAACUCAACUUCCGUAUUAAAACAAAAAUUAUUUCAACAAGAUAAUAGCAACAUACAAUUACAAAUGCUUAUUGCAGACCAAAUCUUAAAUUCUGAUCUUCAAGAUCCGAUUAAUAAACUUCAAACUUGGUCUCAAAGAAGAGGGAUGGGAAUUCCGGUUUAUAAACCUAAUAGUGAUGAACAAAAUGCUGUCUUUUCUGUUGGUGUAUAUAUUAAUGGAAAAUGUUUCGGUCUUGGUCAAGCAAGAAAUAAAAAGGAUGCAAAGAAAGCAGCCGCAAUUAAUGCUCUAAAACAUGUUACCGUUAAUGGUCAAAACAACGAAUUUACUCCUUUUAAAAAUGAAUUACAACAGUCACAUAUUAGUUCAAAACACAAAUAUUCUCUGUCAAAAAAAAUUCUUUAUUAAUCCUGUCUUCUAACAGACUACGGUAAUUCAACCAAGUCGUUCCUUAUCAAAAUGAUAUUAAUAUUGAAGAAUCCUCUUUGAGUACAGUGAUCUUCAGUGUGGAUCAACUCGUUAAGGGUAUUCUUUUUUCUUUAAUAAUCAAAAAAAAAUAUAUACAUAUGUAUAUAUUUCUCUUUAUUAUUUAUUUCAUAUUCUUUUUGAAUUGAUUCACACCGAAGAUUAUCGUUCUUAUUAUGUUCGAUAUUUGGAAGUAGGGUUCUUUGAAUGAUUUCAUUUAAUUUUUUUUUUUUAUUCUCUCAUUUGUUUUAUAAAUAUCGUUAAAUUAUUAUUAUUAUUAUUAUUAUUUAAUCACUCCUUAAAGUCUUGAUUGUUUACUUUUUUAUUAUCAAUAAA